AUGUAUGUGGUUCCUCCUCCUAAUAGAUCCGAUUUGUUAUCUGGAUCCGCAAAGGGGUCGGAUGAACUCCGAGUUUACCAGACCUGGAAGGGCAGCAACAAAUUUUUGCUUCAAGGAAGGUUUGUUUUUGGCCCAGAUGUAAGGUCGCUGGCUCUCACCAUAAUCCUGAUUGUGGCACCAGUCACUGUUUUUUGUGCCUUCGUUGCCAGGAAGCUAGUGGAUGAUUUUAGUGAUAACUGGGGAGCAUCAAUCAUGGUCAUUGCAAUUGUUUUCACGUUUUAUGACUUAAUUCUUCUCUUGUUAACUUCUGGAAGAGAUCCUGGUAUAAUCCCUAGAAAUGCACACCCGCCAGAACCUGAAGGCUACGAAGGGAAUGUGGUGGAAGGUGCUCAAACUCCACAAUUGCGCUUGCCUCGUAUUAAGGAAGUUGAAGUUAAUGGCACCACAGUGAAAAUUAAGUACUGUGAUACGUGUAUGCUUUAUCGGCCCCCACGCUGCUCACACUGUUCGAUAUGUAAUAACUGUGUUGAAAGAUUUGACCACCACUGCCCUUGGGUUGGGCAAUGCAUAGGAUUGAGAAACUACCGAUUCUUUUUCAUGUUCGUCUUCUCAACAACUCUGCUAUGCAUAUACGUUUUUGGUUUCUGCUGGGUCUACAUUAGAAGGAUCAUGGCCACCGAGCAGACUUCGAUAUGGAAGGCAAUGAUCAAGACUCCUGCUUCCAUUGUUCUGAUUAUCUACACUUUCAUCGCAGUUUGGUUCGUCGGUGGCCUUACAGCUUUCCAUCUUUAUCUGAUCAGUACAAAUCAGACGACCUACGAGAACUUCAGAUAUAGAUACGACCGGCGAGCCAACCCGUACAACAAAGGUGUGGUCAAAAACUUCAAGGAAAUAUUCUGUGGGCCCACUCCCCCUUCCAAAAACGACUUCCGGGCCAUGGUGCCUCGAGAGCCUGCGAGAUCGGUGGGCUUCGUGAGCCCAAACAUGGGAAAAGCGGGUGACGACAUCGAGAUGGGCCGAAAGGCUGUGUGGGGAGAUGUGGGUCAUGUUUUGGACCAGCCCGAGGCCCAAUUGAGCGAUAAUGAUGUUGGGAAAGAAGGUAGAAUGGGUGAGAUGAUGUCACCGGAGAUAAGGACAACAGUUGAUGAGGGUGAUCGGGCGGGGAUCCACCACCACGCGAAGCGGUCGAGCUGGGGGAGGAAGAGUGGCAGCUGGGAAAUGUCACCGGAGGUUCUGGCGCUGGCUUCGAGAAUGGGGGAGACGAACCGGACGGCUGGUAGCACCAGUAAUGUCCGGUCAACAGAGCCCAAGUUGUGA